AGUGAUUACAUCAACCGAAAGAAUGAUGGUCACCCCCAUAAAACUUGACGGGUCAACUGAAGCAGUCAAAGCUGGGCAGCGCGAUGGCUGUUGGAAGAUUGUUAUCGCCCGACGCCACGAGCACCGAGGGCAGCACUUCGCCCCUGCAUCUGCCAAACGCUCGCAUAUUGUACACCACUCCAGCUCCUAAGAAGAAGCGCGUGAGAAGGCAGCAGGUGGAGCUCAAGAACCUGCGUGAACUUGCUGGAAAACUGGAGCACCGCCUAGAGCAACUCAAGAAGCGGCGACUCGCUAGUACACAGACUGCAAACGGCCUCAUCAAUGGCAAUUUCAGCUGUGGCAGCAGCCACAGUGCCAAGUGUGGUCCUGUCUCCGUGUGGGAAGACAUCGCUGACCGCCAGUUCAAAGAGCGAGCUCGCGUCGAGAAGCAGAACGAGCAGCUCAAAGCAAUACUUCGCACUCAGACAAGUACUGCGCAAGCACUGCAGAUCAAAGCUCAGAAGGCCUUAGGCGAUAAGGAGUUGAUUGGGCUCACGAUGAUGCAGUUGCAGGACGAGGGUCCUCGCUACUGGGACUUAGGGUCGGCAGAUGAGGAAGGGAUAUAUGCCGACUUGCUGACGUUGGUCGUGAAGACACAUCUGAAGUUGCAACAGCGCCAAGUGGAGGACCCUAGAACUGUGCAGUCGUUUGCGACGUGGGGCAUCUCAGUGGGCGAGCCCCAAGUGAGAACGGACAGUGAAGCACUGGUUGUGCUGGAGACGCAUGGAUGCUCUCUACUACCUUUUAACGCGAAGACCGCAGUUGCAGCGUGCUGGAGGAUGUUCUCGUUGUCUCCAGCGAACCACAAAAUAGUUUUCAACGACACCGAGAAGAGUGACGUUGUGGCACGAUCAUUUUCGUGCUCUUCCAUGCACUUAGGCCGGCAGGUCAAUAUCCGCGGCAAGCACACGUGCCGCAAGUACGUUGACGAAGAUGGUUGCGUCACGAUCGUCUAUGCUGGACGCACGGGCUUUGGAGAGCUAGACAUGACUUGUCAAGAAGUCCAACUCCAAAAGACAGGAUGGAUCAGAGUUCGGCCCGAAUCACCUAGUGAAGGCUCGGACCAACUGUCAUCUGUAGUAGUGGAGAUGCACUCAGAGACGUUGCCACGCUUUCGAAAUGGCAACACGGGCAAAGAAAAACUUGCACGUAAGGUCAUUGACUGGGCUAGGAGCUCGCACAACAUGGCAAAUGACUGGUACCGCCAGACAUUAAGCGAGAUUCUAGUGGAGGAAGAUUGGAAAGCAUUCUCUUGAGAACGAAGGUGUCGAUUUGCUAGUAUUACCGCUCGUCAUGCAGUUUAUCGAUGCACGUGUGAAUAUCUUGACUAUCGCAGUCAUUCAAUGACAUUUUGUAGUUGUUGGAAAAAUAUACUUGUUCGUAAAUGAAAAAAAAAACAUCAGGUUGCCAGUGC